GAGCUCUACACUGGCCAUAGCCUACAUUAGCAACAAAAGAACACUGUCGAGUGUCGGCAAGCUUCUUUCUAACUGUUCUUUCAUUUUGCUUUCGGUUCUGUCCAGUUGACGUUGUAGUUGAGGCGGUGGUGGCGCUUCCUUUUAUCUUACCUCUCACAAUGCAGCGCCGCCGCAGCUCCAGUUUGUUCUUGGUCUUUCACUUUCUUGUGUUCCUGAAGGUUUUGACGGUCUCCGGACAAGUUCCGCACCGUGUAAAUGACCUACAUUGGAAGCCGGCCACUGCCACCUGGUACGGUAGCCCCGACGGUGAUGGCAGCGACGGAGGGGCAUGUGGGUAUGGGUCACUAGUGGAUGUGAAGCCACUGAGGGCCAGAGUUGGUGCAGUGAGCCCAAUACUGUUCAAGAACGGGGAAGGAUGCGGGGCUUGCUAUAAAGUUCGGUGCCUCGACAAAAGUAUAUGCUCAAGAAGGGCAGUGACCAUAAUUGUGACAGAUGAGUGCCCAGGUGGUUAUUGUUCCAAUGGUCGCACACACUUUGACCUCAGCGGUGCUGCCUUUGGUCGUAUGGCUAUUGCUGGUGAAAGUGGUCCACUCAGAAACCGAGGCGAGCUCCCUGUCAUGUAUCGCCGGACCCCAUGUAAGUAUCCAGGGAAGAACAUUGCCUUCCAUGUUAAUGAAGGUUCAACUGAUUAUUGGUUAUCCUUGCUUGUGGAAUUUGAAGAUGGUGAUGGUGAUGUUGGAUCUAUGCAUAUAAGAGAAGCAGGAGGCAGUGAGUGGCUAGAGAUGAAUCAUUUAUGGGGUGCAAAUUGGUGUAUUAUUGGAGGACCUUUAAAGGGACCAUUUUCAGUUAAGUUAACUACUCUUUCAACAGGAAGAGCAGUUUCUGCUAGAGAUGUUAUUCCAAGAAAUUGGUCUCCAAAGGCUACUUAUACCUCUCGCCUCAAUUUCUUUCCUAAUUGAUUAUUUCUUCUUACUUCCCAAAACUGGCCAGCACAGAAACAAGAAACAAGAACCUUGUCUUCUUUACACGAAAAAGUGCCCAACUAAGACUUUGGUGUUUUGUUUUGUUUUCCUUUUUUUCGUUUUUUCAGAAGAAAAGCAGUCAAUGGAUUGCAUAAAUUAAGGCAUCCAAUGCUUCUCCUUCUUUUACUUUUCUUGUUUUCUUUUGAAUGUUGUGUAAGUUCUAUGUAGAGGUUGUAGCCCUCUCCAAAGGAGAGAGAGCGUUUAGUGUAUUAGUAGGACAAAAUUGGCCUGAUGUAUUCUCCAAGAGUGUACAAGUAUUUUUGGUAUUUGUAAUAUACUUUUGGGAUAUAUAUUAUAGGCCCUACUGGUUUUUAAAUUUUAAUUUUUUUAGAUUUCUGAGUGCAACUGUGUAGUCAAUUUGAAGACCCCAUUAAAAAUAAUAACGAUAAUAACAAUAA